AUGUUUCUUCUGUUUCUUCUGGGCACAGCCUUCCUGUUCUGCCCCUAUUGGGCUGAGUUUAAAAACUCUGUAAAAGAUACUGCAACAGUAUGCUAUAAAUGUAGAACAUAUCAUCUUGGAUUCUGCUAUGGAAGCAUGAAGUCCUGCAACCUGAAGCACAGGCAAUUCUGUGCUACCGAGAACUUUUAUGUACUCAUGAAAAAUGGGAAGAGUAUGUAUCAUUAUUCAAGAUUGUCCUGUAUGACCUUCUGUGAGGACAUCAACUUCAUGAAUUUUAAUAAGAGGACAGAGCUUAUCUGUUGCCAAAACAGUAACUAUUGCAACCUCCCUGAGGGACUCUAGUUCUACAUCAUUCCUGGUCUUGAGAUCUUUCUUUAACUCACGACCUACUUUACCUCUUCCCCAAAGCUUGUAUUUUGUUCUCCUCUCCUGGUCAAUAGGGAGUGAGAAAGCCAGCUGUACCACUGCAGGCAGGGAGUUUUACUUUUUUCAUGCUGCUGCUGCUGUGAAUAGGUUCAGACUUGUUUAUUUAUUAUCUCCUAUUUGAAAAUGCAAAUUCAUGAACCAAAAUUAUUCCAAGACUGUCCUGAGAAUUCUGAGAUCAUACUCUAUCCUCAUCUACACCCACUCCUCUGGGCUGGAACUCUCUUUGAAUUAGCCUCACAACUUCCUGAUAACAGUUGUUUUGACCAUGGGUUCUGCAGGUACAGGAGAGCUAACCCCAGCUUCCCAAGGUUCGCUGGCAACAUGAGUCAAAUCUUACUCUGAUAGAGCUUUUGGGAUGAUUUCAGGCCAAAAAACAAGCAAACAACAACAACAAAAAAAUGGACAGACAUAGGGAUAAGGCAUCAAGGAAAA